UUUAAACUCUCAGGAUGUCCAGAAGCUCCUCUGAAGAACGUGUUAAGUCGCAAAAGUGCCCGUAUGAAGUUUACAGAUCCGUUGGAGAUGCAUUUUUGAUGAAGAGGAUGUACCAGAAAGCUAUAAUGGCUUAUGAUCAGGCCCUAGAGAGAAAAUUAAACGAUAGACAUUGCCUACUCAGAAGAUCUUCUUGUUAUUUGGCACUUGGAAAUUUGAGUAACGCCUUAAUCGAUACAGAUGUUGCUCUUCUAGAAGACCCGAAAUAUUAUAAGGUUCCUACAUAAAAUUUUUGAGUUUAUAGAUUAUUUAGUCCCUUUAUUUGAAGGGACAAAUACUUUAUAAUAAAGGUGAUUUCGAACAUGCUCUUGUUUACUUUCACCUUGGACAGCAACAAAGGCCGGAAUUACAAAUGUUUCGACUGGGGAUACAGAAGUGUGAGGAAGCCGUUAGAAACUCUUUGACAAGUAAUAAUAAAAUUAGAAUUAGUAGUGAAGGUGCGAGAGGAUUCGCCAAACAAAUGGAUGAUGAAGAAAAAGCCCAAAAAGCUAAAUCGCGUCAAAUAAGCCAAAAACCCAAAAAGCUAACUAGUGAGCCUUCUGUUGGAGAUGGCGAUCGACAUGCUCCCAUCAGUUCCGUUCCGAAAAAUGUGUCUAAAAUGAUGUUUGGUCCAUUACAUGUAGAUCAUGAAUAUCUGGAAGAUUUGUUAAAGCAGGAGUCUGAACAAAAAUUGAACACAUUAUAUGCUGAAGAAGUACGUAAUCUAGCACGUAACGGUAUUUUUUAUUUGGAUGAACGAUCUAAAUUUUGGCAUCAACAAAAUCCUGUUUAUGCUCGAGCGAAACAUAUAAAAUAUAGGCCACGUUGUCAGCUUUCUGCAAAAGAAAACCAUCCUGAAGUUGAAGCAGUAUUGAAUGAGCUGAAUCAUAUUGAUAAGUUGCAACGUGAGGAUCAACAUGAAUCCGCUGUGAAACAUGCUGAGGAUUUACUUGAAGAAGUCAAAACAUGGGAUUCAUCACAGAUUUUAAAUUUCGAUGAAAUUGUAGCUAAUAUUUUCUCAAUGCUUGGAUUAUCGAAUUUGGAAUUAGGAAACUAUGAUGAAUCAUUGGAAUAUCAUCAAGCUGCAUAUGAGCUUGGACAAGAAAACAAUUUAACCGAAGUUGUUUCCUAUUCAAUGGAUAAUAUGGGACGUGCUUAUGCAAAGAAAGGAGAUUAUAAAUCAGCUGUAAAAAUAUGGGAAGAAAAGCUUAAAAAAUCAACAGAUGAAUUAGAUACAAUAUGGCUUUAUUAUGAAUUAGGUCGAAGUUAUUUAGAAUUGCAUCAACCGAAUAAAUCAUUUGAUUAUGGUGAAAAAGCAUUACGUUUAGCUUGCACAAUGAAGGAUAAACUAUGGCAAAUGAAUAUUCACAUUUUAAUUGGACAGUCAAAUUUUCUAUUAAAAAAACGUGUUGAAGCUCAAGCAUCUUUUAAUACAGCUUAUGAAUUAGCUAAAGAACUUGAAGCUCAUGAUGCUGAAAAAGCAAUAUUAGGAGUAAUUAAUGAAUUAGAAAGUACCUAUCGGGAAAUGGAUACCUAUACACAGGCGGAAAAGGACAGCAAUCGACCAGAAGAUGCACUAAUUUCACCUGGUCGAAAGAAAGCUCAUUCGACUGGAGAGCUAGCCUCAUGAUUGCGCUAUUGUGCUUCAAUAACAAUUUUUUUUUUCUACACAAAAUCAACUCAACAGUCUAGAUUUUUUUUUCAUCUACAGAAAUUAUUUUUUCUCGUCAUCAUAAUAUGUUGUAUUUUAAUUGUUGUUAAAAUAGUACUGUAUUGUUUUUAUAGAAGAAACAUAAGAAAAAGUCGAGUUUAUUUUCUUAUUUGAAUAUCAAAUUGAAUAUUACUUGUAGUUUAUGCGUUCUUUUACUAACUUCUCUGUGCAAUAGAUAGA